AUGGCCAAAUUCCGGAUCCCCCGGCCCUCCGGUGGUAACCUGGGGAGGACAAAGAACUUGCUUCAUUUCACACAAGCCCUCAUUAUCUUCGUUGCCUGGGCCAUGACCAUCGCCAUCUGGACCAAGGGCGAUGGCAUCGACGGCCGUACCGUCUGGUAUUGGAUCUUGUGCUGGAUCAGUAUCCCCGCUUUGAUUUACCUCGCUGCUGUCCCCAUGUGGCCCCGGGCCCGUCGCUUCGGAAAUGUCUAUGCCUUCGCCACGGUCGAUGGGCUUUAUGCGCUCUUCUGGUUCAGCGCAUGGGUGUGUCUUGCUUCAUACGUCGCACAGGGCAAAAGUAUCGGCAAGUCCAGCGAUAGCAGUUCCGAUCAGGAUAAAAACAAGCGAGCCAGCACCUCCAAGAAAGGCUGCGACAACUGGGCAUACGGCAGUUCCAGCAAGUGCACUGUCAGCACCGCCACGACCAUCAUUGGCGUUGUGAUCUUCAUUCUCUUCGGCAUCACCGCAUGGAUGUCCCUCCGCAACGUGAUGCACUUCCGUCGUACCGGUACCCUCCCCGAUGCCGUCUCCGACCCAACCUUUGCCGCUCAAUCCAAGGCCGCCUUCUCCAACAACCCACCCCACGACUUCGAGGAAGACGAGGAAGACUUCCGCUCCGGCCGGGGCGGUGGCAUGGCUGCCUCCUCGCGCGGCGACCAAGACGAAGACUACGCCCUCCUACAACAAAACGAGGCCGAUGAUCUAGGUCGAUCUGCAAUGCACGGCGCGUACGAUCCCACAGCACCCGCACCUAGCAGCGUUCUCCACGACUACGGCAACACCAGCUACACUGGUGCGGAAACCAGCUACGGCGGUUCCAACACUAGCUACGGCGAUCGCAAUACCAGUUACGGUAGCGGACCUCAGGCGCCGCAGCACAUGCCUUAUUCUCCAUCUGAAUAUAGCACAACAAUGAGCGCAUACCCGCGGUAA